CUAGCUAUGAAAACUGUUCUGAAGAUAAUUCUGAUGACCAUUUUGAUGACUGUUUUGAAGAAAAUGAUGAAACUUUACUUAAAGAAAACAUUACCAAACCACAUCCUCGUAUUAAGUGUAAUUAUUGUUCAAAAACUUUUGAACGUGGACUUGCUUCCCGAAUGCAAAUGCAUCUUAAUAGCUGUUUGAAAGCACCAAAUAAUGCAAAAGCAAAUCUUAAGCAGAAAAAUUCAACUACAUUUGGUAAAUCUACCCAAAAAUAUCAAAAAACUAUGCCAAUUGAUAAUUUUAUUGAUAUCUACACUUUAUCUAUUUAUUCUAACUUCAAAAAGAUGAAAAUUUCUCUUCAAAAAAUUCCUAAUACUUUUUUGAAUGAAAUUCAAAUACUUGUAGAAGAACAUGAAAGUAAAGAUUUUAACAUUGAAGCUAUGGGCUUGGAUCAAUUUGAAAUUAGUAAGAGAACUAAUGAAGUAAUCACUAAAGAGGAUGAUGAAUAUAGUGAAUUUGAUCAAGAUAUAGAGGAAGAAAUUUAUAAUAAUAUUAGCGAAAUUAUUGAUAGCGAAAAUGAAGAAAUUUAUGAAGCUUCUAAUGCAGAUAAUAUAUCAACUUUUGAAAUGAAUAUUGACGAUUAA